AUUGAUUAACCGGAGGAGGAGGGGCCGGAUCCUGUCUGGUAUUGAAACCCAUCUGACCGGUCGGAGACAGGGAGAAAGGGAGGUUUGUGAUACGUGUCGGUGGUAGGCACACACACACGUGACUGGCUCCGACUCUCUGAUGCUUCAGGGUAGAACGACAGCGUGUGAGAAUAAGAGCCGGAUGACAAGAAGACGGUGGGGGAGAGAAACAACGUAUUUAGUCUGAUAGCAUCGUCAUCCAGAAACAUCAACCUCCAUCCUCACCAGGCCUCCAUAGAAAAAGCGCUGCUCCUCCAUCUCUUUUCUGCGACAUGUGGUUGCGGAUGUGCCGGGAGGCUGCAGCUCUGCCACUGCUGGUGGUGGUCGUGUGUCUCUGGUGCGGUUCUAAUGUAUGUGCAGCGCAGGGAAGUCGACUUAAUGACCGACCCAUCAUCGGUGUGCUGGCCCAGGAAAACCUACCUGAAGACAUAUUUGCUCAGGGUUCUUCCUACAUAGCUGCCUCAUAUGUGAAAUACCUGGAGGGUUCUGGGGCCAGGGUUGCACCAAUCAGAAUCAAUCUCACAGAGGCGGAGUACACUAAGUUGUUCCAAUCAAUAAACGGGCUGCUGUUGCCAGGAGGAGACGUAGACAUCGAGACAUCCGAGUACAGCCGUGCUGCCAAGAUCUUGUACAAACUGGCUCUGAAGGCAAACAAUGACCAGGACUAUUUCCCUAUCUGGGGAACCUGCCAGGGUUUUCAGCAGCUGUCAGUCUUCACAGCCAACAAGAACCUGCUGACGCUGACAGAUACCAAGAGCGUAGCUCUGCCUCUCAACUUCACACGAGAGGCUCGCUCCAGUCGUCUUUUCCGAGGUUUUCCCAAGGACCUGUUACAGGCUCUGGCUGAAGAAAACAUUACUUCAAACUUCCACAGCUGGAGUCUGUCGAUGCAGAACUUCAGCCAAAAUUCAAAGCUGAAGAAAUUCUACCAGAUCCUGUCGACCAACACUGAUGGGAAGACAGAGUUCAUCUCUUCCAUGGAAGCCUACCGUUACCCAUUUUAUGCAGUUCAGUAUCAUCCAGAAAAAAGUCCCUUUGAGUGGCUCGACAAACCAGGGAUGGUUCACACCACGUCUGCCACCAAGGCGUCCUUCUACACAGCCAGCUUCUUUGUCUCUGAAGCCAUGAAGAAUAACCAUCAUUUCCCCAGUGUGGAGGAAGAGGAGAAGGCGCUCAUCUACAAGUACAUUCCCGUCUUCACCAGCAUGGACUUCUACUUCAUUCAGAACUAUUACUUUGACUGACAGCCAACACAAGAAAAACAAACAAACAAUGUCGAACUAGCAUAGCCGGACGGUUUGGAAGUGACAUCACUUGUACAUAGGUCUAUGGUGACAGGGUUUUUUUUGUAAUAAUAAUAAUUUUCUUCAUAACCUCAUUGUCUCACCCGUGAGUCCCAGGUCUCGUUCUGUAGUAUGAGGGGCUUUACCUUCGCAGUGGAAUAGCUCUGUCCAGUUCUUAUAUAAAAUCUAUGGUUUGCUCUGUGAUAAUGUGAUAGUCAAGUUCCUUUAGUGCAAUAACAACUGUAGAAAAACUGAUAUUAUAAAACUUUAUCUUUCUAGUUCUCAGAUAAUCAAUGGCUGUCAUCUGCGUGUGAAGGUAAAUUUGUAGUGUAGGUUUACACAGCAGUGAUGGGUCACAUGACCAACUACAAAAAUAGUGUCUUAAUAUGCUUUGAAAACAAUCUGUGGCAGGGUUGUUCUAAACCCACAGGUUGCUGUGUUAAAAAAGCUUAAAGGGUCACGUUAUAUUUUUGAAUAUUGAGUAUUUUAUAAUCAGAUAAAUGAUUGUAAAUGGAGUGAAGGUGUGAAUGUACAUGUAUAAACUGUGAAGCUGGAAACCCUCACACAUUUGUCUUGAUCUUGACCACGUGUGCAUUUGGUUCCAAUCUCUUCAGAUCUCCAGUCUGACGACCAGCAGUAAUUAGACUCAAUGUCAAAGAAAAUGAGCUCAUUAAUGUGUUGAAGUUGCUAACCUGACUAAUCCUGUGUUUAUGUCUGUCUUUUUUAAUGUCUACCAAUCAUGAAGAGUAUAUUCAAAAUAAGAUAUACACAACUAUAUACCUGUGUAAUUCUUGUCACAAAUAAAUUAUUUAAAAUAAAUAA